AAUAUAAAUAUUAAAUUACAAUAAUCUUAUCAAGCUGGUGCAUAUUAUUUUCCACGUUAAUCACUUCAAAAAUAUUUAUAAACAAAAUAUUGAAGAUGUGCUAGUUUUUCUUAACUGAAUUUAAUCAACUCAAUUGGUGCUAAUUAUCAACAAAGCUUGUAUAUUGAAACUAAAAACAUGUUGCUCUUCAAGAAAUUAUGCCGUAAAACAACUAGUAACAGUAAUGAACGCCAACAGCAACAACAACACCGGCGUACACGCACACACAGUCAGAGCGCCGAGCAAGGGCAAGGACAGCAGAGUCAACAAUCGCCGGCCGCCUCACCCACCAGUUGUGACGCUGUUACGCUUCGAGUGGCAAAUCCUUUAGACAACUCGACGACGCGCCGAAUUCGCCCGCGUGAGGACAACGUGAGUGGGCGGCAUCAGUUUGCUAAUCGUGUGUUGUGUCGAACGCCGCCGCCGGUUUACGACUCACUGCCAGCUACACCACCGCCCUCGUACACACCGCACACUGGCAGUGUGGCAGCGGGUGUUGUUGGCGCGGACGUAGCCCAUAGUGCGGAAGUCUGGCAGCCAUACGAGCCGGCAGCGCAAGCACAAUGCCAAGCUUUCAACGUCCCUCAAUGUGGCAGUAAUGUCGCCGAUUAUGUUGAAGUUUUACUUCCCGCGUGCAGCGCUGGAUAUCAGCAGCAGCAGCAGCGAGCGCAGCAGCAAUUAGUGCAACUGGGCGAGAAUGUGGCGCCAACAGUUGGCCAACAGCAAGAGCAACAGCCAGCGCCGGCAUUUGAAGCACACGUACAAGUGGGAGAGCAGCAACAGCGACAUCAACAGCUACAGCAGCUGCAACAACAUCAACAACACUUGCGUCGCCGUCGACGUUUGCAUUUGCUGCAGCAACAACGUUUAUCGAAUAUUAACGCGACAAGCACAGACAGCACGAGCAGCGGCAGCAAUUGCAGCCUUAGUAAUAGAAACAAUAAUAAUAACAACAACAAUUUUAAUUUCAACAACCACAAUCAGCUUGUUGGUGUCAGUGCCUCUGGCGGUGGAGGCGGCGGUAGCAGCGGUGACAGCGAAGCUUACGCUCGCUUGCCAAUCGGUAGUGAACGACGACGUCAACGCCGCCAGCAGCGUAUUGGUCGUGGCUUAAGGGAUGCGUAUUGCCCUGAUUUGCUACACGCUUGCUCCUUAAUUCUAAACCAGCAGCAAGAACAAACCCUCGAACCCAAUGACACUAGCAACGACAGCUCUGUGAGCAAUUUUACAGCAACACCACCACGUCGCACCCACAGUCGCUGCUCCACAGAUUAUGUGGAAAUAGAUGAAAUCCGUCCAGUGGCACGCGAUCGAGAGGUCGAACGAUUUAGAGAUCUACAACCCAACAAUUGGCAGCCGCAAGUGGAACAUGCUAUUAGCACACCCGAACUCCGACGAUGUGUCUAUAAUGGCCGAGAUGUUGGUGCACAAUUAAACGUGGAAGACACUGAGAACAGAAGAGACGUCGAGUACCAAAGAUUAGCAACGAACUCAACUCAACGGGACAUGGGUCAGAAUUUAAGUUUACGCCGGCCGCGUAUCUCACUAACUUGGGUAUUAAGAGAACAGCAACAACAACAACAACAGCAACAGGAGCCACAAAACGAACUACAUACACCCUUGAAUGGCGAUGAGGAGCCGAGCACAACGAAUUGCAAGGAACUUGGCAACGGCACAUUAGAGACACCAAAUAAUAAUAACGGUUGUGUAAACGGUUUGCUAGCAACUAAGCAACGCACCGAAGUGGUACCAACACAGUUGACCACCACUUCGACGACGAAUACGGCUACUACCACAAUAACAACGACAACGAAACGUUAUCGCCUCAAACAGCUGCCUGGCAGCACUGAUCCACUCAAUGGCUAUGCCACCACACCCACCGCACAUAUGCCAGCCAACGCAUUGACACCACAGAAAUUCUUCAGCAAUCAGAACUUAUUGGAAUAUAGAGAUAAAACUCGUGCACCCUCACGUGAGCUGCUCUUCGUCUGUACCCCACAACGUUUGCCGAAGAGUUAUGACAACAGCGAAGCGCUUUCGUUGGCCAAAAAGCGCAAUGAGAUACGUAAACGACUUGCAGCCAAGAUGGCAACGCUGCAAGGCAAUGGCAGAGCCAAUGCGGACGGUGCUGAGGCAAGUCAGUUGGCCAAAAAUGGCUGUGGCACAGCGGUAGCAGCAGGCGCGGUGCUCACCCCGAAUGGUAUUGUGCUUGAAAAGGAGGAACUAAAGUCGCUGAAAGGCACUUACUCCGAGCCGAGCUUGAUCGCUGCUUCGGAGGGCCAACACCGCCGUCAUCGGCAUCGCAAACGACGCGAACGUAAUCGUGGCCCAAAGUUCGGCUACGAGAUAAGUAAUGUGGAUGAGUUUCUCUCGAAGUGUUCACUAGCGGCGCCCGGCAAUAUACCUGUCGUGCUCUCUGCCGCCAGCACACUGUACCAAACGCGUCCGGGACAACAGCAGAUUGAAAUUCCACUGCCGCUUGGUAUGGUCGUGAAUGCGGUGUUCAAAAAUCAAAACUGGCUUUAUGUACAAACGCCACAUGCCGAGGAGGGCUAUGUCGUCUACUCGUGUUGUCUGCCGCUCGGCAUACUGCCACCGAAUGUGCGUAGUGGCGCUGCGGUAAACAACAAACCAGCGCCCUGCUGGGAGUCCAACGGUGAUAUAUUUCCACGCCCUGGCGGCAAUAUGACCGACUCCGAAAAGGAGAUACGUCUGCGUGGUGGCACGCGCUCCGAUGGUGCACGCACGCCACGUGGCAAGCGCGGUGAUGCCGUCGGCACCGAUGUGGAUGCGACAAAUGGCAAUGCCACGCCCAUCAUUUCCACAACCGCCUCCACUUGCGGUGAACAUCAGGUGGAUCGGCUUUAUUUGCGUGCAGCCUCGCAGCCGCGUCUAGUCGAGAAAGCUUACGCGCAACUUAGAUCCACAAAGCAAGCGUUGGCGCAGCAGAACGCCGGCAAUGAUGAAUACGUCACGCUGCAACAACAACAACAGCAGCAGCAUAAGUCAAAGUUACACGUGCAGAAGCAUAUGCAACAACAACAGCAACAGCUGCAACAAUUCAACAACAAGCCGCUCAUCAAUGGCUCGUACAUUACGAACGGUCAUAACGGCCAACACCUUCAUCCAAAGAAUACCAACAAUGCAACGCUGGCAAGUGUGACACCCAAUGCCACGCCCAGCGUUACCAGCAUGUCGCACAGCGCCAGCUUUGCGGCGAACUCCACCACAAAUGGCAGCGUGAAGAACGCCAAAUUACAACAACACGCCAGCGUGCUGCACAUGGCCAGCCGGAAGCAGCAUGGCUUGCGUCAGACGCUGGUCGCUAUCAACACCGACUACUCCACCGAGAGCAUUGUGUUGCACAAAGGUGAAAUUGUGACACUCUGUGAGUGUCGUGAGUCCAAAGAUCACCGACAAUGGUUCUAUGUGCGCACGCGUGACGGACGCGAGGGUUACAUACCCGCCGAGGUGGCCGGUCAUGGCUAUCUGUAGAUCCGUUACUUUUUUGCAUAACUACUAAUCAAUAACGAAAAGUUAAACUUGAUUCUUCUAGUUGUAAGUUGCACCCACACAUACACUCAUUCCAGUCGCUUAGUCUGUAGCAGCUACAUACAUACAUACAUAUUAAAUAUAAUAUAUUAUAAAUAAUCUAUAAAAUUAAAAUUAAAAUUGAAAAUGAAAAAAGAUAUUUGUCUGUAGCACUGGGUGUGCUAUGUUUAUGAAAUACAUUUAAUUAUGCUUAAAAAGUGUUAUACUCUUAUGUACUUUAAGUAUAGAAAACGUUGUUUGUAUGUAUGUGUAUGAACUUAAGAUUAAUUGCAAUGAAAGCUGUUUACAAAAAUUAAAUAAAUUAUCACUCCAUCAUCAUAACAAUUAAAAAAACAAUAUACGACGAUUGUUUCAUUAUACGAUUUGGACUUGAAGACCACCAAAGAAAAAGGAAAACUCCAGUGAAUG